AUGUAUCCUGGAGAGAAACUGGCUAAGAGGCCCCAGAAUGGAAAAGCUUUUGGUCAAAGCUCAAAACUCAUGGGACAUCCCACUGAAGAAAAACCUUACAAAUGUCCUGAAUAUAGGAAAGGCUUUAGCCAGAGUUCACAUCUCCUGGUAUGUGAGAGAAUUCAUACUGGUAAGAAACCUUAUAAAUGUGAUGACUGUGGAAAAGCCUUCAGCCAGAGUUCAUACCUCCUUGUGCAUCAGAGAAUUCAUAUUGGUGAGAGGCCUCAUAAAUGUCAUAAAUGUGGGAAAACCUUUAUUUGUAGAACAAAACUCCUUAUGCAUCAGAGAAUUCAUAUUGGUGAAAAACCUUACAAAUGUGAUGAAUGUGGGAAAACCUUCAUUAGUAGGACAAAACUCCUUAUUCAUCAGAGAAUUCAUACUGGUGAGAAACCUUACAAAUGUGAUGAAUGUGGAAAAGCCUUCAGCCAGAGUUCAUACCUCCUUGUGCAUCAGAGAAUUCAUACUGGUGAGAAACCUUACAAAUGUGAUGAAUGUGGAAAAGCCUUCAGCCAGAGUUCAUCCCUCCUUGUGCAUAAGAGAAUUCAUACUGGUGAGAAACCUUAUAAAUGUCAUGAAUGUGGGAAAUCCUCCAGCCAGAGUUCACACCUCCUUUUACAUCAGAGAAUUCAUACUGGUGAGAAACCUUACAAAUGUGAUGAAUGUGGAAAAGCCUUCAUCCAGAGUUCAUACCUCCUUUUACAUCAGAGGAUUCAUACUGGUGAGAAACCUUACAAAUGUGAUGAAUGUGGAAAAGCCUUCAGUCACAGGUCAAGCCUCCGUGUACAUCAGAGGAUUCAUACUGGUGAGAAACCUUACAAAUGUGAUGAAUGUGGAAAAGCCUUCAGUCACAGGUCAAGCCUCCAUGUACAUCAGAGGAUUCAUACUGGUGAGAAACCUUAUAAAUGUAAUGAAUGUGGAAAAGCCUUCAGUCAAAGGUCAAACCUCCAUUUACAUCAGAGAAUUCAUACUGGUGAGAAACCUUAUAAAUGUGAUGAAUGUGGGAAAACCUUCAUUCGUAGUACAAAACUCCUUAUUCAUCAGAGAAUUCAUACUGGUGAGAAACCUUACAAAUGUGAUGAGUGUGGGAAAGCUUUUAGACAGAAUUCACACCUCCUUGUGCAUAAGAGUUCAGUUCAUACUGGAGAGAAGUCUUAUAAAUGCACUGAAUGUGGCAAAAGUUUUAGUCGUCAUUCAUACCUUAUGCAGCAUCAGAGGAUUCACACAGGAGAAAAGCCUUAUCAGUGUGACAAAUGUGGGAAAGCUUUCAGUCAAUGUUCACACCUUAUUAAACACCAGAGGGUUCAUACUAGAGAGACGCCUUAUCAAUGUAAUGAAUGUGAGAAAGCCUUUAGCAACCACUCACAACUUAUUAAGCAUCAGAGGAUGCAUACUGGAGAUAUGCCUUAUCAUUGUAAUGAAUGUGGAAAGGCCUUAGGUUACCACUCAGAUUUUCUUAAACAUCAGAACACUCAUACUGGAGAGAAGCGUUAUCAAAGUAAUGAAUGUGAGAAAGGCUUUAGUCAUUAUUCACACCUUAUUGUUCAUGAAAGGAUUAAUACAGGGGAGAAACCUUAUAAAUGUAAUGAAUGUGGAAAAGCCUUCACUCAGUUCUCAAAACUUAUUCAACCCCAGAAGAUUCAUACUGGAGAGAAGCCUUUUAAGUGUGAUGAAUGUGGAAAAGCUUUUAAUCGACACUCACAGCUUACUCAACACCAGAGAAUUCAGACUGGAGAGAAGCCCUAUCAAUGUAAAGAAUGUGCCAAGGCCUUCAGUAAUCGCUCACACCUUAUUCAACAUCAGAGAGUUCAUACUGGAGAGAAAUUGUAUCAAUGUAAUGAAUGUGGAAAAGCCUUCAGUCAUUGCUCACACCUUAUUGUACAUGAAAGGAUUCAUACUGGAAAGAAGUCUUAUCAAUGUAAUGAAUGUGGGAUAGCCUUCAGUCAAUGUUCAAACCUUAUUAAACACCAGAGGAUUCAUACUAGAGAGAAACCUUAUAAAUAUCAUGAAUGUGGGAAAGCUAUCAAUCCCCAUCCAUAUCUUAUUAAACAUCAGAAGCCUAGGGCCCCUGCGGCUGCCCGGGGCCAUGCCAACCCGACCCCACUGAGCAAGCACAAGGCGACCAACCCUGCAGACCACCCUGCCCCUGCCAGGAGCCCGAGACUGCUCAUCAGUCAGCUCACACAGCGCUAG